AUGUCUCGCCAGGAGAAGAUGACCGCUAAGAUGUGUCAUCCCUCAGCCAAGUCGACCGUUGCGAAGGCAACAGCCGAUUCUCCAGCUUCAACAGACGUCACGAGUCCGUCCUUGACUGAACCUGCGUCGCUGGAUACGGCCUCAAGUCCCUCACACAAGUCGUCCUCCCCGAUCCCCUCAACAGAGCGUCAAGGCAAGAAAGCUCUGACCCGGUUUGAUAAAAUUAUGGAAGAUAUGAAAAAAAAAAGCCCUGAGGAGAUCACUGCGUUUAUACAGAAGUAUGGCCCAAAGAAAAUGGAGUCUUUGGUCUACGAGGAGGCGUGGGUUAACUCCUGCUUUACUUCGUUCAUCAUGCUCGAUUUCAUUUUAAAACAACUUCACAUCGAACUAGAUAUGUUUGUCACAGGAGAGAGGUCAAUCAGCAAAUAA